CCAACUUAAACUCCAAUGGCCGUGUGUGCUGCAAUGCUUCAAGCCCAAACUCACGUCCCAAAUCCAUGGAAGAAAGCGCUCCUCCACCUCCCCCUCCUCGCCCAGUCACCACCACCUGCACCGUCAGAACCCGAAGCUUUAGAGGCAUCUCCGCCUAUCCACCACCACCACUCCCUCAUCUCCUCCAUCAAGGCGCUCUCCGCCCAGGGCCACCUCUCCGAGGCCUUCACUGCCUUCUCCCUUCUACGUCUCCGCUACCCCGCUUCCUCUCUCCUUGUCCUCCAUUCUCUCUCAUCCCUCAUCUCAUGCUCCUCUUCCCAGAAGGCCGCCCGUCAGGGCUUGCAGCUCCAUGCCCUCACCCUCUCUUGUGGCUUGCAUGACCACCCUUCUCUACUCCCCAGGCUAACCUCCCUCUACAUCACGUUUGGCCUCCUCCCGGAUGCCCACGCCCUCGUCUUUUCCUCGCACAGUUUGGAGGUUCUCCAUUGGAACCUGUUGAUCUCUGCGUACAUGAAGGACGACCGCCCUUCCGAUGCGCUCCUCGCCUAUAGGCAGCUGGUUCAGAUAGGCAUCCAGCCUGAUAGAUUCACCUACCCGUCGGUUCUUAGGGCUUGUGGCGUCGUGCUCGACCUGGAGUUUGGGAAGGAAGUGCACAGGUCAAUUAAUGACAGCUGCAUGGAGUGGAACAUUUUUGUCCAGAACGCGUUGACCGCAAUGUACGCAAAGUGUGGCGCCUUAGGUUUUGCGAGGAAGCUGUUUGACGAAAUGCCGGAGCGAGAUGUGGUGUCAUGGAAUACUAUGGUGUCAGGGUAUGCAUCACGGGGAAUGUGGGAGAAAGCAUUCCAAUUGUUCGAACAGAUGAGAGCGGAGAACUCAGAGGUGAAUAGCGUUACGUGGAACACAAUCGUCGGUGGUCAUUUGCAAAGGGGCAAUCCCAGAGAAGCAUUGAGAUUGAUCUCUGAGGUGACCAUGCAUGGGUCUGAGAUUGACUUUGUGACGCUGGUCGUUGGUCUGAGUGCUUGUUCUCAUGUUGGAUCUUUAAAAUUGGGGAAAGAGAUUCAUGGGUUUGCGACUCGUUGCUGCGGUGAUGGGAUUGAGAGCGUCCGCAAUGCACUGAUUACAAUGUACUCUAGAUGUAAAGACAUGGAGCACGCUUGCCUUUUGUUUCAAAAGGCCAAAAUGAGGAGUUUGGUCACAUGGAAUACAAUGAUUGCCGGCUUUGGCCUGUCAGACCAAGCAGAGGAAGCUUCUUUUGUAAUUCGAGACAUGGUACAAUCAGGAGUUCAACCAAACUAUGUAACCAUCGUGACAUACCUCGCCUUAUGUACCCGUGUUGCAAACCUUCAGCAUGGGCAAGAGUUGCACUGCUACAUCACUAAACAUGAUUUCAAGGGAUAUCUAUUACUCUGGAACUCCCUUAUUGACAUGUACUCAAAGUCAGGAAGAAUCUUAGCUGCUAGAAGGGUCUUCGACUUGCUGACCAACCGUGAUCAGGUGUCAUACACUUCAAUAAUAGCAGGUUACGGAAUACAAGGUGAGGGAACUGCUGCCUUGAAACUUUUUAAUCAGAUGAUUGACAGUGGGAUCAAACCUGACCACAUAAAUAUGGUGGCAGUCCUCUCAGCUUGUAGCCACUCUGGACUUGUGUCCCAGGGUCAUAAGCUCUUUAAAAUGAUGACUGACUCAUAUGGCAUUGCGCCACAGAUGGAGCACUACUCUUGCAUGGUUGAUCUACUUGCUCGAGCCGGUUUGGUUAAAAAGGCAGAGGAACUUCUUCAUAAAGCUCCACUACCGCCGACAGCUGCAAUGUGGGCAGCUCUUGUUGGGGCAUGCCAGGUAUAUGAGAACACUGAGAUUGGAGAAAGAGCUGCAAAGAAGCUCCUAGAGAUGGGGACGGACAAUCCUGGGCACUAUGUGCUGAUUGCUAACAUGUAUGCAGCUGCUGGAUGUUGGGAUGAGCUUGCAAAGGUGAGGACAUUGAUGAGGGACUCGGGUGUUAGAAAAUCACCCGGUUUGGCUUGGGCUGAUUUAGGGAAUGGAUUUCAUCCUUUCCUAGUGGGGGAUAGGUCGAACCCCCUGGCACCUGAGAUAUAUGAGGUGUUGGAUACAUUAACUGGGCAAAUGAGUGAUCCUGGGUCAAUAGAAAAUUUGGAUUUGGAAUCUGUCGUUGACAUUGUAGUGUGAGAGAGUAACAGGGUUCAGGUGAAAUAUCAUCUCCUAGCUUCUUUAAGUGACCUGUCUAUGUAGACUAGAGUCAAAGAAUUCUUACAAGUACUCUCUGCCCAGGAUUUCAAAAUCAAUGGUCGACAUGGGCAAUAGAUCAUGUGAGCAUAUGGACAUAUUGAACCUUAGGAUUGCUCAUUGGUAUACUGACCGAUAACAGACAACUCAUCGCAGAUUCACAAGCAGUGCAGUGAAAACUACCAGUUGGACUCAGUAUUAUCGAGUAAAUUGCUGCAACUAAUUCUCUUUGAUUGAAGAACAUAAAUUUUUUUGUCAGCUGAGUGCUAGUCAAUGGCUGAUCCUAGAGUCUCUACAGUAGAAAUGCAAACCAGUUACUCCCUCAUAAUCUGGUUCUAGUUAUGUAAAAAUGGCUAAUCAAUAAUGCUUACUUGUCUGGCUCAAGCUGACACAACCUACAGAAAUAGUGGCACUCAACAUUGGAUAGCCUCAUCUUGCAGGGGUUCAGACUGAAGAGGACAUGUUAAAGAAAUUGACCACAGUUAGUGGAAUGACAAGCAGAAUUGGACUAAAAGCUUCUCAGUGUUUUGCUUUGAAUUAAAAAUGACGAAAUAAGCCUUUGGAUGUGACUAGCAAAUGUAAAAGCUUGAAGAGAACCAAGGCACAUGUUAUUGGGCCAGCAAAGUCAAGGUGUUGAUUGUUGAGACAUGGACUAUCUGAUUGUUCUAUAAGAUUUUGCUAGGAAUUUUUUUGUUUUGAUGAGUUAUUACGCUUUGGUAUAUUGACCUUCCUGCUAUGAACAAUUCUACCUCCAAUGAUGGUUCUGAGUCUCUAAACUGCUAGAGCAUGCCGGAUCGAGCUUCUCCUCACCGAGAGCUCCCCGUGGCAAGAUUCGGUCAGGUUUUUGCCUCCCGGAGUGCUCGAGGUUUAGGGUUCGUACUUGCCAGCUAUAAAUUGCUCCGAGUAGCUCUCUGAUGGCGGCCCAGCUAAGUGCUAUCUCAUCUCUUCUUUUCUUUGGCCGUUCUUUCGUUUCAGGGGCUUCAUUUACGUAUAUUGUUCGAUUGGAUCUGCGGAACAUCGCCAAGUUCUUUUCUUUAUAGCUAAAUCAGAUUAAUAUAUUUUUUGUUUGAUAAGUUUCCUUUUUUCCGUUUAUUUAGUCUUCUUGCAGAUAAUUAGCUUCGUCUGCGUUUGCGGGACACGAAGUACAUAUAGGAAAAGUCUAUGGGACAAAGAAACGAAGAAGUUGCAACUUGUUACUGGUGGAAGACUAUGACUUCUUAAUGUAAAGGUCCAUCACAAAUGGCUUCUAAGCUCUCUGUUCUCAUCGUUGGUCUCCUGGUUUUAUCUCUUGUCAUGCUUGUGGCAUCCACUGAAAACCCAAUUAAGGAGCCAAAAGCAACCUGCGUAUCUAUCGGGGUGCCAUGCAAGUCGGAUGGUGAUUGUUUCGGGCCAUGCGGACGCUUUGGUUCUCUUUCGACAUGCAAACCUGAUGGAUGUUGUUGCUUUACAUCAUAACGUUUGUUAGAGGUUUGGAAUGCCUCUUUGUCAACCGGCAUAAUAAUAAGAAUAAUAAUAAUAAUGUCAUAGAUAUGUGAUCA